AGUACCAGACCCCACCAUGGUCGCGUCGUCCCCACUUUCCGGCCGAGGGACAAAUUAUACGGGUCCCGGCUUUUAAGGGUACAAUGGCGACACUGGCACUAAACCUUUAGAGCUGUUAUCACCUAUUUAACAUGAAUGAUUACGAUCGUGUUAAUCAUUUUUUCUAAGAUUUACAUCCCGUGUAUUGAAAUCGCCAUAUCAAGAUUGACUAAGUUUCUUUGUUAGUCUAGCAGUCUAGCAUAUCUCCCUUGCUAUAGACUACCCCCUCCUUACUUCUGAGAACAGCAAAUUACAGACAAUUCUCUUAACUGAUGUUCCUUAACGAUGUGAUAUUUAGCGAUUUAAAUUUCCUUAUGAUAGAGCGAGUAUAGUUUUUUGAUCUUACUAAGCCCCGACGUCAUGCAUAACUCAUUGAUUCCAUCUAUACAUUAGUCGCAAUUGCUUGCCACAGCGAUACUCAAUUAUCGAGUGUCUUCCUUUCCUCCCUCUUUUCUGUUCGCCGGUUUCUUUAGAACUCAUCCUGGCUAUCAAAUCGUUCAGCGAAAAUGAUAAUACGCGGUAAGUAUAAGCACUGUCAGUGAAUAAAGAAUGCCAACUGAUCAAAGCGACUGAUAAACCUCAAUAGGAUAUAAUAAGCUAUACUCAGAGAAAUUUUAACCGAACGUUAGCGCAACAGUUAUUAGUAACGCGACAUGAGUUUCUUCUACUCCGGCGAUACGUCCAUCGGGCUAACGUCAAUUUAUAUGAAGCUCGUCGGUUUGUGGAUGGUCGCUAAUGGAGUCGAGAAACGCAUCAGGAAUAUCACGCUCAUUUACACCCUGUCUAUGUUGAUAUUCGCUGUCGCAGUGAUGGUGGUGGAUAUGUGCUAUUCAUGUGGCGAUUUCAGUGCCUGUGUUUUCGCCGUUUGUACUGUUUUGUCUUCGAUAGUACCAUUUAUCAAAAUAAUAAUCUUGUACAUUCAUAAAGACGAAUUCUUUCACUUGAUUUUGUACCUGGAACGAAACUUCUUGCACGCGGAUUACAACGAUUAUGAGAGGAAAAUUCUGUUUGGUUGCAAACGACAGUGCACCAUUUUAAUCUGCCUGUCCACGCUUCUUACUCAGUUUACCGUAAUUUGUUAUAUCAUCAAACCAAUUAUCGCUAAUAUUAGUAGAAACGAGACAGAGAAUAGAGUACUCCCAUUUAAUCUAUGGGUUGACUUACCGUUGACAGUGACACCGUAUUAUGAAAUAACGUUCUGCAUCCAGACUUUGUCGGCGUACCACGUCGGUGUAAGUUUUUUUUGCUUCGACAACUGUCUGUGCAUUAUAAAUUUGCACACGGCUAGCCAAUUUCGUAUACUCCAAUACAGAUUAGCCAAUAUGCCCGAUUUGAAAUGCGAGGGAAAACAGCAAAUCGAAAAAUCUAGUUCCUCUAAUUACUCGGAUAAUUGUUACAUUCUAUUUAAAAAGUACACGAGACAACACCAAGCGCUUCUAGCGUAUUGCGAGAUAAUCGAAAAGGUGUUCACUGAAAUUAUCCUGGCUGAACUGUUAACGUUCAGUUUGUUCAUUUGCCUCGACGGAUUCCAAGUACUAAUGCCCGGCGCAAGUUUGACCACGCGUUUCAUCUUUAGCUUUCAUUUAAUCGCCUGCUUGUGCCAGCUGUUGAUGCUCACUUACAGCUGCGAUCGCAUUAUUCAAGAGAGCGCGAACGUGCGUAUUGCAGUGUACAACGGACCUUGGGUAAAUUUGCCAUUGACAACCAGCGGAAUGCAAUUCCGAAAGGACUUAAUAUUUUUCAUUAUGAGAUCUAGCGAGGCUUGUUGCCUGACAGCUAAAGGAUUCGUCACUGUGUCCCUCGAAACUUACACUAAGGUGUUGAGUACCGCAGUGUCGUAUUUUACAUUGUUAAGCCAAUCGGAGGAGGCUUCUAGGUUGUAAUGUACAGAAUGCUACUUACACUUGCCGAUGAGUGCAGCCGUAUUAUAUGUUAAAUAGAGAUAUUAUUACUUGUAUUUAUUGUUAAUAAAUUCUCAAAGGGAAAUAGUUUUAUAACAACGUGGUUAUUGGUGAUCUUAAAAAUAUCUUGAGCACAUCCUAUCUCCUUCGUGACGUGAAUCACUAUUGUUCAACGCACUGUUCAAUUUCAAGUAACGUAGCGAACUGUAAUUCAAAUUUGCGGCCCAUUUACUUGUUAGUCUAGCAUAUCUCCCUCGCUAUAGACUAC